UAUUCGCUAUACUGACUGGGAAUAUUUCUAUGGACUACUAACAAUACACUGGGAAAAACAGGUUAACCACUUGCAUAUUUCAUUCAGUCACAUGAAGGCUUAUUCUGUUCCAACACUGCUUUAAUUGAGCUCCAGAAGUGACCAUCAAUCUUUGAUUCAGUUCCAGCUGUGUUCUCCAGAACAGAUGUUCAGCGAUGGUCGACUGCAUUCGCUUCUGGAGAGACUCUUCUCAAGUGUGCGGUUGAGGAGCAUAUGCCACGCAUCUCCCGAGUGACAGUCGCUAUGCCAACUGAACUCGCCACUCAAAGUACUGCUUUGCAAAUUCCUGCACAAACGGUGGACCGGAACCUGAUUGUAUUGGGGAUGAGCGAUGUGUCUGUCAGGAAGCCGUCUUCAUCGAAUCAGUCAGCCCUGGGCUGUAGGACCUCCACUUUACCACACGUCUGUUGGGAUUUGGAGCUUAGUGUGGCUGUUUUGUUCAUGGUCUUGGCCGGACUCCUGAUUUUGGCAUUGCUUUACCGGGUUCUAACACUGCGCCACAGGCUCCGUGUCGCUCAGGCCGGGAACGCUCUGGAGUACUUUGGAUUCUACCACAUGGCUCAGUAUGAUUUAAAGGAGCCAGUGCCACAGCCUGUUUUGCCUGUUGUGACACCACAGGUCUCCACAUCUUCUCCAUCCCCACCUCUACUUGUUCCUCAACCACCUUUCCAUCUCACUCCCCCACCUCCACCACCGCGGUUCUAUCUGCCCCAUCCCAUCAUCCAUACCACCCCACCCAGCCCUCACCCGUCAUGUGGGGCAGGCUCGGACGCAGAGGUGUAUUCAAGGAUCGGACAUCUGCGGCCGUUGAGACCAUCCAGUGUGAAUCAGAGUCAGGUGAUCCUGUUUGAACACUCUGCUCUUUGACAACCUGAUGCUUCAAAGCACAAUCAUGAUUCUCUAUCAGAUCAGACAAUUCAACUGCUGUAAAUGAGGUGUUUUGUCAUUUGCAGUUAUGGAUUUAGCACAGUUUUAUCCAAAGUGACUUUCAGGAUAUACAUUUUAUCAUGUGUUUUUAUGGGAUUUUAUCGUACAACCUAAAUACUGAGGCACUACCAGGCUGAGCUACACUUCUGUUUGAAUUAUAGCCACUCAAAAGCUAGGACAAUUGCUUUCUGCAUUGUGUUCUGCAUCAUUUUAAAACGUGUUUUAAAACAUUAAUAUGUGUUUCCUACGUUAGGAAAAAGGUAGUAGAUAAACAGGGUUGUUUUUACACAAACAUAUUUCCUUUUCCUGAAUCACAUGACUGUGUUUCCUUUGAAGGAUGGGAUUUCCUGUGGAGACUUUCCUUUGUUUUUUUCUGCCUCUUAGGAUUUCAAACAUUGUUUCUCUCACACAUGUCGUAGCAGAUAAACUUUCCAAAUCUAUAAUUUAUGAUGUAUACUGCGUAGAAUCAUACAUGAAUGUAUAUAUAUUUUCCAUAUAUACCAAAAAAUUAAAAA